GUGAAACUAGCCGGUCUCGGCGCGUUGGUGGGUUCCCGCCGGAGGCCAAAGCGCGAGAUCAGGUCGGGGCGUCCGGCCGCCUAUCUAUUUUUCAGUUCUCGCCACGUCAGGACCGAUCGCAGCCGCAUCAACGAUCAUGCUCGCCCUACGUAGCCUCCUCAUUAUCGCGAUCUGUCGCGUUACCGCCGCGAUGCCCCGCGCGCCGGCUAAAGCGGUUUACGAUCAGCGGCAAACCGGCGAUCUGAACGUGCAACUCGAGCUGAAGGACCUGCAAGUGAUUGCGCUGAUUAACUCCGAUGUCCUCACCGAUUACACGGAUUACGAUUACUUCUACGAUUACUCAGACUUCACCAUCAAACCGGGCAACAAGCCCACCACGGUUUCCACAACAGGGACCACGACCACGGAGAAAAACUAUAACACGCCGGUUUCCGAGCCGCUGUCGUUACAAAAUUCAACAGUUUCAGCAUCCAUCGAUAGUACAAGCCCGGCCACGAGCAACGUGACGCUGUCCAAGGAUGAGGAAAUCCCAAGCGCCGAUCCGUCGAACGGUACCGUGAGCUCGACGCCGGACAGCGACAACGAUAAGAAUCAGUGGAAUGAGGCAGAAGACGGUGCUGGAGUAACUUCCUCGACCACGGAGAAACCCGUACACGCCCUGCGGUCGCAGAAGCGUUGCAAAUCGGGAUACGUUCCGAACGGCGACGGACGCUGUCGGCGAGCAGGUCGACCGUGGUUGACUCGCUUGCUGCCGUGAGUACAACCGUCGACAACAGAAAUGCCCCCCUUCG